AUGGUUGCUUCAACUUCCACGACUGUUACUACAUCUACCACGACUGUUGCUACAACUAACACGGCUGUUACUACAUCUACCACGACUGUUACUACAUCUACCACGACUGUUGCUACAACUACCACGACUGUUGCUACAACUAACACGGCUGUUACUACAUCUACCACGACUGUUACUACAUCUAUCACGACGGUUGCUACAACUACCACGACUGUUACUACAUCUACCACGACUGUUGCUACAUCUACCACGACUGUUGCUACAACUACCACGACUGUUACUACAUCUAUCACGACGGUUGCUACAACUACCACGACUGUUUCUGCAUCUACCACGACUGUUACUACAUCUACCACGACUGUUACUACAUCUACCACGACUGUAACUACAUCUACCACGACUGUUGCUACAUCUACCACGACUGUUGCUAAAACUACCACGACUGUUGCUACAACUACCACGACUGUUGCUACAACUACCACGACUGUUGCUACAACUACCACGACUGUUACUACAUCUGCCACGACGGUUGCUACAACUACCACGACUGUUGCUACAACUACCACGACCGUUACUACAUCUACCACGACUGUUGCUACAACUACCACGACUGUUGCUACAACUACCACGACUAUUUCUGCAUCUACCACGACUGUUACUACAUCUACCACGACUGUUGCUACAUCUAACACGGCUGUUACUACAACUACCACGACGGUUGCUACAUCUAUCACGACGGUUGCUACAACUACCACGACUGUUACUACAUCUAUCACGACUGUUGCUACAACUGCCACGACUUCUACCACGACUGUUGCUACAUCUACCACGACUGUUGCUACAUCUACCACGACUGUUACUACAUCUACCACGACUGUUACUACAUCUACCACGACCGUUGCUACAUCUACCACGACUGUUGCUACAUCUACCACGACUGUUGCUACAUCUACCACGACUGUUACUACAUCUACCACGACUGUUACUACAUCUACCACGACCGUUACUACAUCUACCACGACUGUUGCUACAUCUACCACGACUGUUGCUACAUCUACCACGACUGUUACUACAACUACCACGACUGUUACUACAUCUACCACGACUGUUGCUACAUCUACCACGACUGUUACUACAUCUACCACGACUGUUACUACAACUACCACGACCGUUACUACAUCUACCACGACUGUUACUACAUCUACCACGGCUGUUGCUACAUCUACCACGACGAGUGGAGCGGAAGAAGUGAAACUGAGAACAAGAAACUCUCAGGGGCCAAGGGGUCGAACACGGUCACCCAUCCACCUACUCUCCGCGACCAGCGUUGCAAACGUCACCUGA